CCUUUGUUGGUUUUAGGUGCCACAUAGGAAGAAAGUUCUUGGAAGUAAGGAAGAAAGCAAAAGGCAAAGGUUGUUUGGUUGAUUGUUCAAAGUUGAAACCAAGUCUCCCUUUCUCUCUUUCUCAGCUGAAUUUGCAAAUUGAAGGCUUCCAAUUUUUUCAUUACUCGGCAUGGGUCAAGCUUUUCGGAAGCUCUUGGACACCUUCUUCGGCAGCACCGAGAUGAGGGUUGUGAUGCUUGGUCUUGAUGCUGCUGGCAAAACAACUAUUCUCUACAAGCUCCACAUUGGAGAAGUUUUAUCCACCGUUCCUACAAUUGGUUUCAAUGUGGAGAAAGUUCAGUAUAAGAAUGUUAUUUUCACAGUUUGGGAUGUUGGAGGGCAAGAGAAACUAAGGCCACUUUGGAGGCAUUACUUUAACAACACGGAUGGCCUGAUUUAUGUUGUUGAUAGCCUGGACCGUGAGAGAAUUGGUAAAGCAAAGGAGGAAUUUCAGACAAUCAUAAAUGACCCAUUUAUGCUCAAUAGUGUCAUUUUGGUGUUUGCAAACAAACAGGACCUGAGAGGAGCGAUGACACCAAUGGAAGUAUGUGAAGGACUAGGUCUCUUUGAUCUAAAGAAUAGAAAAUGGCACAUACAAGGCACUUGUGCACUUAAGGGAGAUGGUCUUUAUGAGGGCCUGGACUGGUUGGCUUCAACUCUGAAGGAAAGAAAGGCUGUUGGAUACUCUUCAAUAGGAACCUCAUCCUUCUAAUUAUCUAGGUAUUUUGGUCCUUGUCCUUAACGAAUGAGUAGGGUUUGGCCACUUUCAUUCAAGAAUGUUGUAAAAAUGUAAUCAAAUUUUUUGGGUUGGAUUAGGUUACCUCUAGUUGAUGAAGUACAUAGAUGCUUUGACUUUCAAGGUGCUUAGAUAUGACUUUGCUACACUGUAUAGAAGCUUGAGCAUGACGAAUGAAAACUAAUUUGAGACUCACGAAUUCUAUUGGCAUAUUGAUGCCCCUGAAUACAUCCACGACUGUAGGUGGUGGUGGUGGUGGAUAUAACCCCAUCCUUUUCUUUUUUCCAA